ACCCACCCAGGCAGAAUGAGAGAACCAAGCUUCAAGCUGAGUACAGAACAGGAUCCUGCGUCGUGCUUGGGAGCCAAAAUAAAGUGAGCUGUCGGAUGCAUGUCUAACCAUGCACCUUGGGCAAUGCAACCGAACGCCUUACCUGGGAGCCGGGGGGGGUGGCGGGGCCACCACACACACCCCUUCCCCGCCCCUUCUGAAAACCCAGCUAUUAUUUUUAUUAGCGCCCCCCAGGCUUUCGGUUUGGAAAAGACCUUUGCAACCGAAUUUGCAAGCCCGUUUUAAAUUUGCAAUCCCCGUGCCUCUCUCCCGCACGAACGCUGAAGCAGAAGAGGUGUAACCAGGCUUCUGCAAGGCUGCAAUCUUAACCGCACACACUUUUGCCUGGGAGUAAGCCCCGCUGCACACAACGGGGCUUACUUCUGAGUAAGCAUGCAUACGGUGCACGUUUGCCUUCUCUCUUAAAAAAAUGAAUGUAUAAAGAUUUUGCAUGGCAAGGGGGGAAUGAAACCAGAGACAACUUUCCACGAUGCAGGCAAAGUUGCAGCACACCAUCUCUCCCUGCAACUCCGCUCCUCCUCCUCCUCCUCCGCGCGGGUCUCCGGAUCUCGAUCCCGCUUCGCCCUUCUCGCCGGAGGAGCCAUGGCUGAGCUCUCCCGCCCCGCUUCCCGCGCUCGCCUUCCUCCCGCUUCUAACCCGGGGGGGGUGGAGGGCUGGGAUCCGGCUCACCUUCCGCCGCUCGCCUCCCGCCGCUGGCCGUAGCUGCCCUCCGGAGCCCCGCAGCCCGAGGGGGGAAGCGGGAAAGGCGAGCCGCGGGGGGAGCCGACCGAAUCCGCCACGAUCCCCUUCCAAGCAACAGGCAUUGCGGCUUUCCCCGCUCGGCUCCUCUCCCUUCUCCUCUUGCUCGCUCUCUUUUAUCCCGUUAAUCCGCAGCAGGCUCCGGAGCUUGCCUCCGAAUCCGAAGCAGGAGACGACCCCGACCUCUCUCUCGCGCAAGAGCUCCCAUCACGCCAGGGCAGGACGCGUGAAGUUUGCCAGCUUCUUGCCGCCACGCGUGCGAGCCAGGAACGGGCGUGUUGGGAGCAGUUGAUGGGGACCCUCCAAGGUCCCUCCAGUCAGGGUUCUGGACUGGAUAGCCUUUGAAACAGAGGAUGCCUUCAAAGGAAGGCCCACCCUCUAACUGCCUUUCAAAUGCAGGAUUGUCCUCUAAAGUAGAACAUGCCACCAUGCUACUGCUUUUAUGUACCUGACAAAUAACUUGUGGGAGCAUGUGAUCAUUGAAUUGUCGACUUGGAAGAGACCCCAAGGGUCCUCUAGUCCAGCUCCCUGCAAUGCAGGAUCCUGCCCACGGCCAUCCCUGGGUGAGCUCAAACCACCAACCUUCUGGUUAACAGCAAGACCCACUGACUCACUGUGCCACUAAAGCAAUGUGGAAGCCUUUAUGUUUCAAGCCCUAAAAACCGCUUGAGAUUGGGCAAGCUCCAGGACAGUCUCCUCUUGCAUUGAACCUGUCCGCACUCUGCACUCGUCAGGAAACUUUAUUCCACCCAGUGAGAUGCAGAGGAUGAGGAUUUGAGACGGAGCCUUUUAUUUUAUUUUUAGGAAUGCCUGGUCUUUGGAACUCACUGCCAAGGGAGCUUCAAGCAACUGAAAAAUUGGUGUCUUGCACCAGACAAUGUGAUAUAAAAGAUGGAAGAGUCACCCAUGCUCAUUUAAAAAAGAAGGAUCCAUAUGUCUUGUUGUUGUUGUUGUUGUUAGAGAUGUAGGUGGCAGGAGAGAUGCAUUUCUGAUAUUUCUAUUUCCCGCCUUGAGAAUCCCAGUAGAGGGAAAGGAGAGCAAAUAUAGCACUCCUGGUUUGCCUCCACUGUUAGCUUUUGCUGAACAAAUAGAUCAGCUUCUGUGGCAACUAUUUGUGGGCCACCUUUAAGAUCAAUUGUGCUCAUGGGCAUUAGCGACAGGGCCUUCUCAGUGGUGGCUCCAACCUUAUGGCACUGCUUUUCAAGAAAGAUAUGCAUGGCUCCUUCAUUUUCAUUUUCAACGAAGCCUUA